AUGCCGAUUCCUUUUGGAUUCUCGGUGGGAGAUUUCGUGAGUGUAAUAAACCUUACCACCAAGCUUAUCCGUGCACUCAAGGACGUUGGAGGUGCGUCUAAUGAAUACCAAUACGCUUUCAUCGAAGUCGAAGGCCUGAACACGGUGAUGGAGGCCUUGAUUAUCACAGUCGACAAGGGUCAUGAUGAUACGUUUGCGCGACUAUCAGAUCAAUAUUUACCAAAAACUGCUAUCCCCCCAACCGGCAACAACUUGCUGCAUCUCGCUGCAAGGCAGGGUUAUACUCGCAUAGCUCGAAUAUGUCUUUCGAGGGGGUUUGACGUCAAUUCCAUUGGUUAUCUGGACCAGACUCCACUCUUCAAAGCUUGCACCGGUAAAUAUUGGGAAUGUGCACUACUUCUAUAUGAGCAUGGAGGCAAAAUCAAGAGCCGUUUGACAGGCUAUGACGGCAUCCUCCAAGACCAACUUCACUGGGAUGUAGCUAAGGCGAAGUGGGCCACUAUUGAGAUCAAUGGCGAAGACAAAAACGCUCGCCAAUAA